AUGGCUGAGCCCCAUGGUGACUCGACUUCUGAGGAGACCCAGGAGCCAGCCUCGAACCCUCCAAGGGAGGAGACACCUAGACGCCGCCACCACCGCCGCCGCCACCACCACCGCCACCAGGGCCAUGAACACAGCUUCGCUGGCUGCUUCCCCAGGCUUCUCCUGAGGCGCCAUGAGGACCUCACCCUGUCUAGGGCGGCCAGGAGCCUCCUGGACAGUUACGUGAGGGAACUCUUGGAGCGCAUCGCCCAGGAGGCCUCCUGCUUGCUCCGGGAUAGGAACCGCUCCGUCCUCACCCACGUCGAGAUCCAGGACGCCAUCCAGCGCCUGCUGUCUGGCGAGCUUCGCCUGGUCUCUGUCUUCCAGGGCUCCAAUGCCCUCCUGAAUUACCACAGACACAAGUGA